AUGGGCAUUUUUAGUAUAAAACGGCCAUCUAAAUACGCAUACAGAUCUAGAUCACGGGGGAUGGUGAGAGGGGGUGUCUCGCAAGAAGCGAGUGCGCAGCCCCCUAGCGACUACGACGGUGACGACGCCUCGAACAUGACGAACCCCGCCUUGCAGCCUGCUGGCGUGUACCCUGUCGGCCGUUGUGAACUCCACGCCGACCGGCCCGACGUCCUCUGCACCCGGUUCCAAGCCCGGUUCCAAGCCCGGUUCCAAGCCCGCGUCCACCGGUCCAGUCCGGCACUUGGAAUAACGGAUCGUCGCCCGGCCGGGCUGCUGCCACCGCUCGUGCUCGUGCUCGUGCUCGCUAUCGCCGUGUCAAUGCUGCUGGCCACCAAAAGUAUGACUCUACCUCUGUGGAACGGCGGGCGUGUGAUGGGUGAGACCUUGUGA